UUUUUUUUUUUUAAGAAACCCAACAAACCUGGCUUUCAGAGAAAGAGGUCUAUGGUAGACUGGAUAUGGUGGGUGGGGGAAGGGUGCAGUGUGGAAAGGAAGGGAGGGAUGAGGGGUUGUCAAAUAGGAUUGUGGGAAAGAGCAUGCUGCUUCCUAGAGUCCACUGGUGGGAGGAAAGGGGGGGGGGCGCUCUUCCCUGCUCUGCCAGUAAGAGCUAUGCUGGCCCGUGCCUCAUUUUGGAGAGGGGUGGCUAGCUGGCUGGGAAGAGACUGACUGAAACAGCCACCCUGAUUUUCAAGAUUUAUGUCUCAGCUAAGCUUCGGGAGCUACACUAUGGCUAUCUGGGGAGCAGAAGAGCAGCUACUUGGCGGCUAAAGGGAGAACAAGUAGGUUUGUCUGCAAGCACGUCAGGGACACUCAGCUGGGAGUGCUUCUUCCUGAGAGCUGUCUGCUGUUGCCAGGGCUUCUUGUGGGCAGGGCAGAGUAAGAGGCUCAGUGGUACUCUCCCCAUAGAAGAGAUAUGGGAGACUGCUGGGCCCGAGGGCAUCUCAGCCUGAAGCCUCGCUUCAGCAUUUCACUGGAGAGUCAUGUGGUUGGAACUUGGAAUCUAGUCUUCCUGGGGUUUGCUGGCCUCAGUCCUCCCUCCUGGGGGCACUACCCCAGCCCCUGAUCCCGGCCUUCCCUGGGGACCAGCAGGUGAUGGGAGAAACAUCCUUUUAGACACACUGCUUGGGAUGGCUUUGCCUCCUAGGACCCACUACCCAGGAGAGGAAGUGAUACCUCUCCCUACCUGGCUCACACCACACAGCCAUUUCUGUGGGCCAGACUUUUUAAUCUGGGCUGCUGGGCAAGUGGGUGGAUGAUAGUUGGGGCACACAGCCCCCCCCCCCCCCCACACACACAACUGGUAUGGGAGACUAAUAUUGCCCAAGUUUGCUUCUUGGUUCCUUCUAUGUAGCCUUGCAUGUGUUGGCCACAGCCUUGGGAAUGUCUCCCUUCUGGGAUCCUAGCUUAGAGCCCCUCACUCUGACUUUGGUUUUUCUUUUCCUUUCCUGUCUACAGUUUAGACAGCCAGACCUGAUAUUCUCUCUGCUUACUGACCACCCUAUCACUUGCUGUGACAACAGAGACCCUUCUGGCUGACCACAAGUCUGCUUCCAAAACCAGAGGCUGUUAGCUCUGAGACUACCUCUCCUGCCUCUGCCUGAUCCUAGUUUGAAUAUGGCAGAGGAGCCUGGAGCCUAAAUUCUCAGAGCAGACAAUCUGCUUAUAUCUUAGUUCUGAGUGACAUUGGGCUUCUGGUAUCUAAAAUAUGGAAAUAGGAAGGCCGAAUCCGUGACAUUGCUGGGACUAAAGGAGAGAACAGAGCAAGGAUGCCAAGCCUGGCUCAGCCACAGCCACAGAGGCUUGUGGGAGUUUCCUCAUUGGUACUUGUAUCCUGUUUAUUUCCUCAUCAGCACCUCCAGGGCUCAGCUCCCUCCCUAACCUGCUGGAGAACAGCUCCCUUUGCCAGUGUGCCUGGUAUUCAUUUUAGAGGGAACUUAGGGUUGGCCACAGAAGUUGUGUUUUGGUUUGUUCCUAGCUGGGACACACACACACACACACACACACACACACACACACACACACACACACACACACACAUGGAGGGAGGGAGUCAGGGCUCUCCCGACCCUGUAGCCUUUCUCUCAGCCCUUGCUGAAGGACCUCCUUAGAUUUCUCUGUUGAAACAACUAGGCCAUGUAGGUCAGGACCUGGUCUUUUUGGACAGGAAAGAAAACACCCUGUCCAAACAGAAGCAUCCUGAGUAGUGGCUGCUUGAGGGACAGAGGGCUGCCUGCAAGAGGGCUCUGUUAGAGGAGUGUCCCCCCUAUUCUUGCUUUACACCCCCCACCCCCAAUCUCCUGGGGGUGGUCUAUGUGUGUGGCUAACCAUUUAUCUCUGUGCUCAGGAGGUUGUCAUCCCUCCGCUCUUGGGGAAGCAGGAAUACAUAGCAUACUCCUGAUCUAUCUAGGGCAGUCAUAGCCCACCCGCAGAGUGCUGAAGGGGCUUCCCUUUUUAGAAGCCUGGGUAUUUUAAUGGGACCUCCCACCUCUAUAAACAAUUCUCUGCCACCCCUCUUUUGACUCCUCCUCCAAGAUGUGACAGCUACGACUCCUGAGUCUCCAUUUGCAUCUUGCCAGCCGGCAGCUCCAGGUUUCAGUUUUCCCAGGGCCCAGCCUCGUCUAAGAGACCCUGGCACUGCCACCAUCCUGGCCGGGAUGAGCCUGCUGUUCCUUGUCCUUCUCUCGCCAUUUCCCUGCGUUUUGGGACUUCCAUUCUACAAUGGCUUCUACUAUUCCAAUGAUCUGAGUGGCAGGACCCUGGGAAAUGGCUACGGGGAAGGCCUAUUCAAUGGCGUGAAGUUAGUGGUGGAGACGACGGAGGAGUCCCUGUUCAGUCACCAAGGAGCCAGCGUGACCCUGCCCUGCCACUACCACUAUGAGCCAGCCCUGGCAUCCCCAAGACAUGUGCGUGUUAAGUGGUGGAAGUUGUCAGAGAAUGGAGCCCCAGAACAGGACGUGCUGGUGGUCAUCGGGCAGAGGCACCGCUCCUUUGGGGACUACCAAGGGCGAGUUCAACUGAGACAGGACAAGCAGCAGGAAGUCUCGCUGGAGCUUCGAGACCUGCGGCUGGAGGACUCUGGGCGCUACCGCUGCGAGGUCAUCGAUGGCCUGGAAGAUGAGAGUGGCCUGGUAGAGCUGGAGCUUCGGGGUGUGGUUUUUCCCUACCAGUCCCGCGAAGGGCGCUACCAGCUCAACUUCCACGAGGCCCAACAGGCCUGCCAGGAGCAGGGUGCUAUGGUAGCCACUUUUGAGCAGCUUUUCCGAGCCUGGGAGGAAGGCCUAGACUGGUGCAAUGCAGGCUGGCUGCAGGAUGCCUCCGUGCAGUACCCAAUAGUGCUGCCCCGGCAGCCCUGUGGAGGCCUGGGUCUGGCACCUGGUGUUCGCAGCUAUGGCCAGCGCCACCACCGCCUGCAUCGUUAUGAUGUGUUCUGCUUUGCUGCUGCCCUCAAGGGGCGGGUGUACUACCUGGAGAACCCCAAGAAGCUGACGCUGCUGGAGGCCCGGGAGGCCUGUCAGGAAGAUGGUGCACAGAUCUCCACGGUGGGCCAGCUCUUUGCGGCUUGGAAGUUCCGUGGCCUGGAUCGUUGUGAUGCUGGCUGGCUGGCAGACGGAAGUGCCCGCUACCCUAUAGUUCACCCUCGACUCAACUGUGGCCCCCCUGAGCCUGGAGUACGGACCUUUGGCUUCCCAGACCCCCACACCCGCUAUGGUGUCUACUGCUAUGUCCAGCAUUAGCAGGGUGGCUAGCUGUACAUCUGCUCUGCCCCUGACUUCCUGGGCUGAGUGUUUAUCAGGUGGACCAUUGUCCCUUGUGGGUUGGGGGAUUGCUUGGAUAGUUUUUAUACUUCCCAACUUAAACAUUUAAAGGUAUUAUUAUUAUGAUUAUUAUUUAAAAGUAUUAUUAUUAUUUUA